AUGGCGCUGAGGCGGAGCAUGGGGCGGUCGGGGCUCCCACCGCUACCGCGGCCGCCGCCGCCGCCGCUGCUGCUGCUGCUGCUGGCGGGUCUGGCGGUUCUGCUGCUCCCCGAGCCCGCGGCCGCAGGCCUGAAGCUCAUGGGGGCCCCAGUGAAGCUGACGGUGUCUCAGGGACAGCCGGUGAAGCUCAACUGCAGUGUGGAGGGGAUGGAAGAGCCUGAGAUCCAGUGGAUGAAGGACGGGGCUGUGGUCCACAGCAUGGAUCAGGUGUACAUCCCCGUCAGUGAGCAGCACUGGAUUGGCUUCCUCAGCCUGAAGUCAGUGGAGCGCUCUGAUGCGGGCCGGUACUGGUGCCAGGUGGAGGAUGGCGGCGAAACCGAGACCUCCCAGCCAGUGUGGCUCACGGUAGAAGGUGUGCCAUUUUUCACUGUGGAGCCAAAAGACCUGGCAGUACCGCCCAAUGCCCCUUUCCAACUGUUUUGUGAGGCCGUGGGGCCCCCGGAACCUGUUACCAUUAUCUGGUGGAGAGGAGGCACGCAGGUUGGGGGACCUGCUCCCUCUCCUUCUGUUUUAAAUGUCACAGGGGUGACCCAGAGCACUGUGUUCUCCUGUGAAGCUCACAACCCAAAAGGCCUGGCCUCUUCUCGCACGGCCACUGUUCAUCUUCAAGCACUGCCCGCAGCCCCCUUCAACAUCACAGUGACGAAGCUCUCCAGCAGCAACGUUAGCGUGGCCUGGGUGCCGGGGUCCGAUGGCCGAGCCCUGAUCCAAUCCUGUACAGUCCAGGUGACUCAGGCCCCAGGAGACUGGGAGGUUCUGGCUGUCAUGGUCCCCGUGCCACCUUUUACCUGCCUGCUUCGGGACCUGACACCUGCCACCAACUACAGCCUCAGGGUUCGCUGUGCUAAUGCCUUGGGGCCGUCUCCAUAUGCUGACUGGGUGCCCUUUCGGACGAAGGGUCUAGCCCCAGCCAGCGCCCCCCAGAACCUCCGUGCCAUCCGCACAGACUCUGGCCUCAUCCUGGAGUGGGAAGAAGUGAUCCCCGAGGGCCCUUCAGAAGGCCCCCUGGGACCCUAUAAAAUGUCCUGGGCUCAAGACAACGGUACCCAGGGUGAGCUGACGGUGGAGGGGACCAGGGCCAACCUGACGGGCUGGGACCCCCAGAAGGACCUGACUGUGCGUGUGUGUGUCAGCAAUGCAGUUGGCUGUGGGCCCUGGAGUCAGCCACUGGUGGUCUCUUCUCAUGACCACGCAGGCCAGCAGGGUGCUCCCCACAGCCGCACAUCCUGGGUGCCAGUGGUCCUGGGUGUGCUGACAGCCUUGGUGACAGCUGCUGCCCUGGCCCUCAUCCUGCUUCGAAAGAGGAGGAAGGAGACACGGUUUGGGCAAGCCUUUGACAGCGUCAUGGCCCGGGGGGAGCCAGCUGUUCACUUCCGGGCGGCAAGGUCCUUCAAUCGGGAAAGGCCUGAACGCAUUGAGACCACACUGGACAGUUUGGGCAUCAGUGAUGAGCUGAAGGACAAACUGGAAGAUGUGCUCAUCCCGGAGCAGCAGUUCACCCUGGGCCGGAUGUUGGGCAAAGGAGAGUUUGGUUCAGUCCGGGAGGCCCAGCUGAAGCAGGAGGAUGGCUCCUUUGUGAAAGUGGCUGUAAAGAUGCUGAAAGCUGACAUCAUUGCCUCGAGCGACAUUGAAGAGUUCCUCAGGGAAGCGGCUUGCAUGAAGGAGUUUGACCACCCACACGUGGCCAAGCUUGUUGGGGUGAGCCUCCGGAGCAGGGCCAAAGGCCGUCUUCCCAUCCCCAUGGUCAUCCUGCCUUUCAUGAAGCACGGGGACCUGCACGCCUUCCUGCUUUCCUCCCGGAUUGGCGAGAACCCCUUUAACCUGCCGCUGCAGACCCUGGUCCGGUUCAUGGUGGACAUUGCCUGUGGCAUGGAGUAUCUGAGCUCCCGGAACUUUAUCCACCGAGACCUGGCUGCUCGGAACUGCAUGCUGGCAGAAGACAUGACAGUGUGUGUGGCUGACUUUGGACUCUCCCGGAAGAUCUACAGUGGGGACUACUAUCGUCAGGGCUGUGCCUCCAAACUGCCUGUCAAGUGGCUGGCCCUGGAGAGCCUGGCUGACAACCUGUACACUGUGCACAGUGACGUGUGGGCCUUCGGGGUGACCAUGUGGGAGAUCAUGACUCGUGGGCAGACGCCAUAUGCCGGCAUCGAGAACGCUGAGAUUUACAACUACCUCAUCGGCGGGAACCGCCUGAAACAGCCUCCGGAGUGUAUGGAGGACGUGUAUGAGCUCAUGUACCAAUGCUGGAGUGCCGACCCCAAGCAGCGCCCAAGCUUCACGUGUCUACGAAUGGAGUUGGAGACGGUCCUGGGCCGCCUGUCUGUACUGUCCGCCAGCCAGGACCCCUUGUACAUCAACCUUGAGGGGGCCCAGGAGCCUACUGAGGGAGGCGACCUGGAGCUGCCUGGCGGGGACCAGGCCAGCAGCGGGGCGGGGGAUGGCAGUGGCCUGGGGGCCGUGGGGGGCACCCCCAGUGACUAUCGGUACAUCCUCAGCCCUGGGGAGCUGGCUGAGCGGCCUGGGCAGGGGGAGCAGCAGCCAGAGAGCCCCGUCACUGAGUCUCAGAGGCUGCUGCUACUGCAGCAGGGGCUACUGCCCCACAGUAGCUGUUAG